GGCAGCCCAAUUAUUAUUUACCGAUGAGGAAAUAACAGAAUUCGAGAGACGGUUCAAAAACAAAGACACGGAUAAGAAUAAGUCCAUCACAGCAGAGGAGUUGGGCGAGUUUUUUAAAUUAACUGGAAAGAGCUAUACUGAUAAACAGAUUGACAAAAUGAUCAGUGAUGUUGAUACAGAUGAAAGCGGAACUAUAGACUUUUCUGAGAUGUUGAUGGGGAUUGCAGAGCAAAUGGUGAAGUGGACCUGGAAAGAAGAACAUUACACCAAAGCUUUCGACGACAUGGACAAGGAUGGCAACGGAUCCCUCAGUCCUCAAGAGCUGCGUGAAGCGUUGUCAGCAAGCAAACCACCGAUGAAGAGGAAGAAAAUCAAAGCAAUCAUCCAGAAAGCCGACGCCAAUAAGGACGGUAAAAUCGACCGUGAAGAAUUCAUGAAGUUGAUUAAAUCGUGCUAA